UUGUGUUUUGCCAUUAUUGCCAAUUAAAAGAUCGCUCUACCAAACUCGAAAUCCAAAACAUUUAUAUAAUAAAUAGUUAACGCCAGAUCCUUAUAAUGGCCUUGUUCGAAAUGAAGUGGCUGCGUCGUUUUGUACGUCGACAUACGAAUCCGAUUCCGGAGCAUCGCGCCGAUUUGUGGAAACGCCGCCUUAGCAUUGGAUAUGCGAUAUUAGCUUGGCAGGCAUUUGGCUUAGUGUGCUACAUGGUUUACACCGGUCGCAACGACUGGGCCAAGUACUAUGGCUACAAGUCGGAGGAGGAAUUGGCGCUGUCACCGGCCCAGCAAUUUGCCAAGCACAUCAAAGUGGAAGGUUCUGGGAAAAUUAUACGCAUAUCGGGUUUUUCCAAAGUGGAGGAGGUACCUUUUGACUCCAGCACUGUGGAACGUGUGAAAGACUAAUCACAACAAACACAUCAUUUUGUUAGUAAUUUAAUUAUUAUUGUUUUUUUUUUUUGUGAAUUGUUACAAAAUAAACGAUG